AUGGACACAAUAGGCGACUUUCAGUACAUGAGUCCUACCGAUUACUCAAAAGGCCAGGUACCGUGGAGCCUGCAACCGGAAGAAUUUUCGGCGAUCAUAGACACCGAGCAAGAACGUUUGAGAGAAUGCAGACGUACUUGGCUCCAGCUGGUCGACACUCGCAUUGCUUCAUACGACUUGAAUGGGAUUAAGCAGUCCACACAAUCGUCUCCGCUGGCUAAGAUUCUCUCUACCCCUAGUAACAGCUCGGCCAGCAACCGCGUCUUCCAAACCACAGAACUCCUAGAAAGGAUACUCCGCCAGGCCGAUAGCUCAGCCCACCUUACUGCUCUGGGUGUCUUCCAUACGUGGAGAGACGUAGCUUUGUAUAUCAUGAAGCCAUCCGGCGCAAAAUAUGAUUUCGCCCGUCCCUACCCAUGUCCUCCAGUCAAAUUUGGCGAUCGAGUCCCGCGACAUCUCAACUGGCUUCCCGCCACAGCCGAAGAACUCGAAUGGGUCGUUUCCGACGUCUUACUCGAUGUUAUAUGGGGUGCAAAACGAGGAAACGUAUUUCGAAGCGUGGCACGCUUCGAGUACCCCAAUGAACCUAACAUCAUCGAAACUGCCACCCUGGUCGAAUCACUAUGGCUCCAAACUCGACUUCCCACGCGAUCUUUGCAGUAAAGUUAGCGUACUGCAUCCAGUUAGAUUUUAACGACAUCCGGCCCUCCUUUUGGUAUCGCAUGGACCACGUGCAUUUGCCGAAGUGGGUCGAUAUUACGCAGUUCAAACUC